AUGAUUUUUUGUCUUAACCAGACGCAACUAGAGCGGCAUGAGAACGCGAUUCUCAAACAAGACAAUGAAAAGCUGCGUGUUGAAAACGGUAUCCUUAAAGAAUCAAUGAGAAGUCCUAUAUGCAACAACUGUGGUGGAGCAGCUACACCUGGUGUGGUUUCAUAUGAGCAGCAGCAGCUUAGAAUUGAGAACGUUAAGCUUAAGCACGAGUUCGAUAAGCUUUGUUCUUUAGCAAACAGAUUCAUUGGCGGUUCCAUCUCACUCGAGCAGCCUUCAAACGGUGAGAUUCGCUCACGUCAUUUGCCUGUAGGACAUGGUUUCAUCAGAGGUACUUUGACUUGUGAGAGCUCCAUGUUUAUGGAUCUUGCCAUGGAAGCUAUGGAUGAGUUGAUUAAGUUAGCGGAACUGGAGGAUCCUUUAUGGAUAAGAUGCUCAAAGAGUGAGAAAGAUUCGUUGAACCAUGACGAGUAUAGAAGAGUUUUCGCUGGUAGUAAAGAAUCGGGUUUUGUAGCUGAAGGUUCAAGAGAAACUGGUUUAGUUCUCAUCAAUAGUUUGGCUCUAGUGGAGACUCUUAUGGACACGAACCGAUGGGAAGAAAUGUUUGAGUGUAUUGUAGCUGUUGCAUCAACUGUUGAAGUGAUAUCUAAUGGUAGUGCUGGAUCAAGAAACGGCUCUAUUCAAUUGAUGCAAGCAGAGUUUCAAGUGAUGUCUCCAUUAGUUCCAAACAGAAAAAUCAAGUUUCUUAGAUAUUGUAAGCAACAUGGAGAUGGUUUAUGGGCGAUUGUUGAUGUUUCUUGCAAUGUAAACAGAGAAGAUGAGAACUUGAAGACUUAUGGUGGCUUUAAGAGGUUUCCUUCAGGCUGCAUUAUACAGGACAUAGGCAAUGGUUGCUCCAAGAGAAACUUUCAACAGGUGACGUGGAUAGAACAUUCAGAGUUUGAAGAGAAUCAGAUCCACUCACUUUAUCAACCGUUGCUCAGUUCCUCUCUCGGGUUAGGUGCAACCAAGUGGCUUGCGACUCUGCAAAGACGAUGCGAAAGCUACAUGACCCUGUUGUCUUCUCAAGUUCACACAGGGUUGUCACUUGCUGGCACCAAGAGUACACUAACACUCGCACAGCGUAUGAAGCGAAACUUCUACUCAGGCAUAACUGCUUCGCCCAUUCACAAAUGGGAGAAGCUUCUCGCUGAGAACUUAGGACAAGACACGAGGAUACUGACCCGUAAGAGCCUCGAGCCGUCUGGUAUUGUCCUGAGCGCUGCAACGUCUCUGUGGCUACCGGUGAAUCAGCAGAGACUCUUUGAGUUUCUAUGUGAUUGUAAAUGCAGAAACCAGUGGGAUAUUUUGUCUAAUGGUGCUUCAAUGGAAACCAUGCUUCUCAUCCCAAAAGGGCAACAAGAAGGAAGAUGUGUCUCUCUUCUUCGUCCUGCUGGGAAGGAUCAAAAUGAGAGGAGUAUGCUAAUCCUGCAAGAGACAUGGAAUGAUGCUUCUGGUGCGCUUGUGGUUUACGCACCUGUCGAUGUUCCAUCUAUGAACGUUGUAAUGAGCGGUGGAGAUUCAGCUAACGUGGCGCUUCUUCCAUCGGGGUUCUCGAUAUCGCCUGAUGGAUCAUCAUCAUCAUCAUCAUCAUGGUCUGAUGAGAUCAGUACCAAUGGAGGUUUGGUGAAUCACGAAAGCAGAGGAUGUCUCUUGACCGUAGGAUUUCAGAUCUUAGUGACCAGCGCAUCGACUGCAAAACUCAACGUUGAAUCUGUUCAAACUGUUAACAACCUCAUCGCUUGCACCAUUCACAAGAUCAGAGCCGCUCUUCAUAUACCUGCUUAA